GGAGCUUCCGGGAGCGGCCGCGCUGAGGGGCGGGAGGAGGAGGCGGAGAAAGAGGAGGAGGAGGAUGAAGAAGGAGCAGGUGGUGCACUGCCAGUUCUCCGUGUGGUACCCGCUCUUCAAGGCCGUCACCAUCCGCAGUGUUAUUCUUCCCCUGCCAGAGAAUGUGAAAGAAUAUUUACUGGAUGAUGGAACGCUCGUGGUUUCCGGAAGAGAAGAUCCACCAAGCCAUGCUCAGGAGGGCAGUGAUGACACAGAGGAGAUACAGUGGUCAGAUGAUGAGAACACUACAACACUUAAGGCACCAGAAUUCCCUGAGUUCACAUCUAAAGUUGAGGAAGCAAUAAGUUCCUUGGGUGGAAGUGUUUUUCCUAAACUUAACUGGAGUGCUCCAAGGGAUGCCUACUGGAUAGCAAUGAACAGCUCUCUGAAAUGCAAAGCUCUCAGUGACAUCUUCCUCCUCUUCAAGAGUUCAGACUUCAUUACUCGUGACCUCACUCAGCCGUUUAUUCACUGUACUGAUGAUUCCCCCGAUCCUUCCCUGAACUAUGAGCUUGUUCUUCGCAAAUGGUGUGAACUAAUCCCUGGUGCAGAAUUCAGGUGUUUUGUCAAGGAAAACAAGCUUCUAGGUAUAUCCCAGAGGGACUACACCCAGUACUACGACCACAUCUCCAAGCAACACGAGGACAUCUGCAGAGCCAUCCAGGAGUUCUUCCAGAAACACAUACAGUAUAAAUUCUUGGAUGAGGACUUUGUGUUUGAUGUGUACAGAGACAGCAGGGGUAAGAUUUGGUUAAUAGAUUUUAACCCCUUUGGUGAGGUAACAGACUCCCUGCUCUUUACCUGGGAAGAACUGACCUCUGGGAAAAACUUGAAAGGAGACCAGAGUGAAGGGGAAGCAACAGAGCAGGAUUAUCCGGUUUUCCGCUGCACGAACAGCAAAGUCACUGUCCAGCCCAGUCCCUACCUGAGCUACCGACUGCCCAAGGACUUUGUGGACCUUUCCACAGGAGAGGAUGUUCACAAACUCAUCGACUUCCUUAAACUGAAGAGAAAUCAGCAAGAUGAUGACUGAGGUACCCAGAAGCAUUACACUGAAUUACAAGCAAGAAAUGUGGCUACAGCUAUAUUUAGCAUAACUAUUAAACUAUUGAUUUGAAGAAAACAUGCUUUUUAUAGUCAAUGAAAGAACCGAAGAGCUGUUCAUCCUCUGUGUCUCUUGGUUUAUAUAAAAGCGUAGAAGAGCUUUUUCAGGGCAAUAUGAAAGGUCAGGGUGAGUUCUCGCUGGAUUCCAGGUGCAAGCAAGCCACGGUCUGAGUGCAAUGAACAACUGCUUUCCCAUCUCAUAUUGUGAGGAUUGAUGCCACUGAGCUCUGCCUUUGGACUCUUCACUGAUAAAUAUGGCAACACGUCAUGCUUGUGCAGGUAAAACAUCCAGCAUCCUCUGAGCUUAGGCACAGUCCUGCUUCAAAUGUGGUCACAAAGAAAAAGGAAUGUACAUUUUUAUCUGUAGUAACCUUUUAAAAUUGUAAAUGGAUUUUCGUUCGGGAGCACUUCUCGUCCUUUAUGUAAAAAAAAAAAAAGAAAUAAAUAAAAAAGUGGAGAAGGGA